AUGGAAUUAAAAUUACAUUCUCCUGUUGGGGCCGAACCAGUAUGUUACACUUGGCCAUUAAUUUACGGACGUGGAAAUGAUAAGCAUGAUCGAGCUACAGAAAUUGUUGAUACAAUCCGCUGGGUUUGUGAAGAUCUACCUGUAUUAAAGUUACCUUUAGAGAAUAACAUACUCUGCAACUAUGACACGAAGAGCUAUGAAAGCAUGAAAUCAUUGUGCGAUCGGUACAACAAAGCUAUAGAUAGCGUAGUUGCUUUAGAGAAAGGAACUUCAUUACCUUCUCACCGAACGGCAAAAAGUCCAUCUCGAGGUCUUUUAAAACAUAUCUUACUGCAAACAUAUAAUUCUUCAGUUACUGCUCCAGAAAGGUUGAACCAAUACGAACCAUUUUCACCAGAGGUAUAUGGUGAAACAUCAUAUGACCUGGUAUGUCAGAUGAUCGAUCACAUUAAAAUAUCGUCUGAUGAUGUUUUUAUUGAUCUGGGCUCUGGUGUAGGACAAGUAGUUCUUCAAAUGGCUGCAGCCACGUCAUGCAAGUUAUGUAUCGGAAUUGAAUGUGCAGAUGUGCCUAGUUUAUAUGCUGAAAGCAUGAGCAAGAAUUUUCGUACAUGGAUGCGAUGGUAUGGAAAGAAAUAUGGCGAGUAUAAACUUAUCAAAGGAGAUUUCUUGGCAGAAGAAUAUAGAGAGAAUAUUAGCCAAUCUAGUAUAGUAUUUGUUAAUAACUUUGCCUUCGGACCAGCUCUUGAUCAUCAGUUAAAAGAAAGAUUCGCUGAUCUAAGAGAUGGAGUAAAAAUAGUUUCUUCGAAAAAUUUUUGUGCGUUAAAUUUUCGGAUAUCGGACAGAAACCUAAGUGAUAUUGGUACAAUUAUGCACGUGAAUGAAAUGCCGCCUUUAAAAGGAUCUGUUUCCUGGACUGGAAGGCCUUUUUCUUACUUUCUACAUACAAUAGAUCGUACAAAAUUGGAAUCGUAUUUUCAAAAAUUAAAACAGGCUUCGUUAAGAAACAACGAAGAAGACAACAAUUCGAAUUCUACCACCAGCUCUAGAGGAACCAGGGCUAGAACGUAUUUUCUCAGAAAUUCUUCAGAUUAUACUACAGACUCGGAUUCAACGGACUGGAGCAGUCGUUUUAGCCAAAAACCAAAAAGGUCUCGUACUAACUACAAAUCUAUUAGAAAGAAGAGACCAGAAAGUCGUGCUCCAAAGAAUAAGCAUCAAUUAAGGAAACCGCAGUACAAAAUAUCUCCAAAUACCAAAGUUGAAAAGAUUGAAGAGAAGCACAAAAUUAAAGAAGAACCAAUUAAUGAUUUGGACUUUCUUCAUAAUGAAACAGUAAGUAUAGUGUCAAAGUUUGAUGAUAGUCCUGCACCUGGUUGUUUUAACCACAAACUGACUUCCCGAAAUACUGGUUUAAUCGUUCAUGAAGAGAUCAGUAUACCAGACCAACAAACUCCUUAUGAACUUCAAGUUCUCUUAGUUAACUUUAAAGUGCAAUACAUGGACAUGAUUAAUCAAAUGAAAAGUAAAACAUAUAAAAACUUUAUACUUUCUCAAAUUGAAGGUGAAAGAAAGAAAAAAAAGCAUUUAGAAAAUCGUGCGACACAACUAGAAAAACAAGUGACCGUGCUUAAGAAUGAAGGUGUCAAAUUAAUCAAUGUGAGGAAGAAAGAAAUGGGAUUAAAUGGUAAUACUCCUGCCGAAAUCUCAGCUGAAGCCAAAGAAGUAGUCAAGAAGCAUAAGAAGCUACAAUCAAAAGCCAAGAGAUUAGAAAACCAAGUGGCGAAGUUAGAAAGCAAACAAAAAGAGUUGAUGCGUCAGAGACAAGCGGAACUUGGUGUCAAGCUUUUAUCCGAUGUUGAUACAUCAUCAGAGGUUUUUAAAGAUAACGUUCUGAGGGAAAUAUGUGCAGCAUUUGAACGACGAAAAAAACUUCAAAGCAAUGUUGUACAGUUAGAAAAAGAUGUCUUUAAUCUGAAUUUGAAUGAAACAAAAGCACAAGCUCAACCUUGCAGUAAUUAUGUAAAUCAUUCAAAAAUUUACACGGAGAUAUCAAGCACAUCGAAGCACGACCAAAACUCCGCGAAUUUUGUUCAAAAGAGACGAAAAAAUGAAAUUAUUUCAACAUACGACAUGAAUACUACAGUACCUGACAUUAAAAAUAACUCUCGUAGAUACAGUAAAAGAAAUGACAAAAACCGUGUAACGUAUAAUAGUAUUUCUGCUUCUUCAUCUGGUCAAAAUCGCCAAAUAUGUCAUAAUAACGUCAAGAUUGAGACUGAUGUUAAUGUAUCUGUAAUUAAACAAAAUCUGCCCAUAACGAACUUUGACAUUAGUUUAGAAAGCAUUAUUACUUCAGUUCUUAACGAAGAUAUUAAGGAUACACCUCGAAACACUCCAGUAUUAGCGCCUGGAUAUCAAACACAAAUGCCUCAUUCCAAAUUACAAACAAUAAAAUAUCAAAACAACACUACAAACCACAAUAACGUUAUCUCUAGUAGAACACGACAGCAAGCGACAAGAUCUCGUACGAAUACAAAGUUAUCUCCGCCCGUAAAUAGAGCAAACUUUAAAGUACCGACUGCUGAUCAUGCUUCUUUACUUUCCACUGCCCAAGACUCAGAAACUCCUCAGCAACAGGUUUACAUGUCCAGACCGCCUCCCGUAGAAAGAUUAGAAGGGUUGGCGUAUAUGUACGCUCAAUCAAAGUUUGCUACUCAAUUACAACCACGUCCGAGGUGACAAUUCGAUGUAGAUAACAUUGACCAGAACUCACUUCAGGUUAGUCCGAGUGCAGCUAGUUCCAUGUGUAAAUACCUCUCCCAUGUAUUAGGGUGAAAUUCACUGUGACGUGAUAUCUCGUAACGCGGCAGUUCGUAACGCCACAAAUGGUAACGGCGACAGUUCGUAACUAUACAUAUUCGUAACGGUACAAUUGAAUUAUUCUGUUUAUUUUUGUUAACGUGGUUACUAACUUUUAUUACUGUUACAAUCGAAAUUACGUUUAUCAAUUUAACGAACCAGCAUCUGGAUAAACAUUCUUGACACAGUUCAUAUUUCGGGGAGAAAUAAAUUUUUAAAAUUAUGUAUUAAAAUAAAUAUAAUCUAUAGACCUGGGCGGAUCUGUUUUGAGGUGGAUGUGAGAGGUGGCAUUCGGAUUUUUGCAGAUAAAGUUAGGUGACAACUUCAAUAACUAUAAUUGACUUAUGCUCCUUAUCAAAUAUGCCCGGAACAUUAAUAAAAAAUUUUAAAUAUUUAAAAAUUUCGAAAAAUAUCGAUUUUUUUCUAUUUUCAUUGCUUAUAACUUUAAAACGAUUCCUUUUGGAACAAAGUAGUACGAAAAGAAAAUAAAGAUAAUUGAAUUCUGUAUAAUAUACGACUGGUUUAAAAUGUCUUAAAUUAUUACCCUUUCUGCCAAAUAGCAAUAAAUAGAAAAUAAGGGGGCAAAACGACUGUUUUUAUUCAAUGUUUUUUCAACCACUUUGGUUGCACUUAGAACCUUCAUAAUUCGCUUAGAAAAUUCUUACAACAUACCUAAACCGUCCACCAAAUUUCAUUAAAAUCGACAUAAUAGAUUUUGCAUAAUAAUUUUGCUAUCUUAUUUUUUUUAAGAUCAAAUUUUUUAAAAACUUUCUGAACAAAACGUAGAUUAUUUAGAAGUUUGCUAAUUUUUUUACAUAUAAAGAGGUUCUCUACCUAUCUAAUACACUUUAUAUAAUUAAAAUCGAAUUAUUUAAGCGGCCUCAGCACUGUUUUAAAGUUAUAAACAAUGUUUUGGCUUAUAAACAAAUACAGUGAGGACGUUUGAGUUGGAAUAAAUUCAUUUUCUUGAGAAUGGGCGACUCUGGAGAUAAAUCCCGAAACAGAUCGAUUUUUGUUUUUAAAUUAUAAUUUUUUGGCAUAAAUAUCAUACCUACUAGUGACGUCAUUUUUCUGGGUGUGAUGACGUAAUCUAAAUAUUGGAAUUAAUUUAAUUAAAAAAAAUUUUAAUUCAAACCCUGUAUAAAUAAUUAUGUUAUGUUUAUAUUAGUGAAUACAAAAUUGAAUAGCCUUUCGAUUGAACUAUCACACGGCACCUAUUCUCAUUUAAAAAAAUCAUCGAUUACGUCAUCACCCCCAGAUGGAUGACGUCACUAGUAUGAUGUAUAUACCAAAAAAUUAGAAUUUAAAAAUAAAAAUCAACCUGUUUCGGGAUUUAUCUCCAGAGACGCCUAUCCUUGAGAAAAUGAAUUUAUGCCAACUCAAACGUCCUCACUGUAUUUGUUUAUAAGCCAAAAAAUUGUUUAUAACUUUAAAACCGAGCUGAGGCCGCUUAAAUAAUGCGAUUUUAAUUCUGUAAAGUGUAUUAGAUAGAUAGAAAACCUCUUUAUAUUUAAAAAAAUUAGCAAACUUCUAAAUGUAUACUUUUUGUUCAGAAAGUUUUUAAAAAAUUUGAACUUUUUUAAAAAAGUUUAGAUUGCAAAAUUAUUCUGCAAAAUCUAUCAGGUCGAUUUUAAUGAAAUUUUAUAAACGAUUUAAGUAUGUUGUAAGAAUUUUCUAAGCGAAUUACGAAAGUUCUAAGUACAACCAAAGUGGUUGAAAAACAUUGAAUAAAAACAGUCUGUUUUGCCCCCUUAUUUUGUAUUUAUUGCUAUUUUGCAGAAAGGGUAAUAAUUUAAGACAUUGUUAACCAGUCUUUUAUCAUACAAAACUCAAUUUAUCUUUAUUUUAUUUCGCUACGACUUUGUUCCAAAAUGAAUCGUUUUGAAGUUCUAAGCAAAGAAAGUAGAAAAAAUCGAUGUUUUUAAAAAUUUUUAAAUAUUUUAAUUUUUUUAUUAAUGUUCCGGGCCUAUUUGAGAAGGAGCAUAUGUCAAUUAUUAUUGUUGAAGUUGUCACCUAACUUUAUCUGCAAAAAUCCGAAUGCCACCUCGCACAUCCAAAAAUAGACGUUUUUUCACAAAUCCGCCCUGGUCUACUAGUAAUGUAAAUUGUAUUAAUUAUUAUAGUAAAUACAUUAGUAAACUGUUUUUAUUUGUUUCAUUAUUUUUCACACUUAGUUUUACUCCUUGAAGAGAUAAUUCAAGAUAAAAAAUUUAAAGAAAAACUCUUUAGUGGUCAUAAGUGGUCUUAAAAAAAGUACCAUUACUUUUAGUAUACGAAUGUAUGCAAAAUACAUUUUUGUAUAAAUUCUUUCUUUCUUUCUCCCCUUCCUUCCCUUUCAGGUCUCGGAUUUGGGUUUAGUUUAGCUUCAUAUUCACCCAUCCCUUCCAUUCUUUUCUGUCUUGUGCCAUUAUUUUCAUUUCUUCAAGCGUUUUCUGUUUGAUCUUUCCCGCAUCUACUAUUAUUAUUUUAUGUAACCAUUUUUUCGCUGGUCUGCCUUUUUCUUUUUUGUGAUAUUUCUUGUUUCGUGAAUUUUUCUCGUUAGUCUACUGGUUUCACUCUCAUCAGAUGUCCAUACCAGUUUGAUUGUCUCUUUAUUAUUUUGUUCAUCAUUGGUUCCUGUUUGGCUAGCCCCUCUUAUUGCUCAUUUCUUAUUCUAUCCCAUUUGGUCUUUCCGACUAUAAUUCGUAGAUGUAUCGUCUCCAUUACGUUUAUCCUACUAUUAUGCUUUUUCUGAAAAGCUCAAUUUUCACUCGUAUAUUUUAUAGUAUCGUCGGUAUCACAAUCGUACUAUAUAUUUUCAUUUUUGUUUCUUGGGACAAUUCUUUUUUCCUCAGAACUGGUUCUAGUGCGUAGUACAGUUUGUUCGAUUUUUUUUUGUUCUGUUUGUUACUUCGAGGUCUAUUUUUCCAUCAUUGGUAAUUAUACUUCCAAGAUAAUCAUAUGCGGUAACUAUUUCCAGUUGUAUAAAUUCAAUAGUACAGUAAAACCUCGAUAAAACGGACUAAUAGGGGGACGGGGUGUCCGUUAUAUAAAAAUAGGUUCAAAAUAAAUCAAAAACAUAUCGACGCACUUGCUUACGGUAAUCCUGUUUUGAAAAAGGAAUCAAGUUUUGUUUGCAAUUCGGAAGUUUUGAACUUAGCUAUCUGAGAAUAAUCAAUAAAUAUUAUUAGAUCGUCGAGAUGCGAUCUUACCUGUAAUAACUUCAUUUUUGGCAGGGUUUUUUGUCUUCGCUAUAUUCACUUCCAUCCUCAUUUUUAGUAUUCUGCUACGUCACUUUCAGCCAGUAUGCAUGCUAUACCUACCCAUGGUCACCUUCAUCUACUUCUGGACGCUGCACGCUGGUUGUUAUAAAACAUCUUCCUCAGAUAUAUUCAUUUGGUGGCCAAAACUAUUCCCUAAUCCAUGGAGUGAAUAAGCGAGAUUGUAUUUUUUGGCAAAAACAUACAACUAAAGGUAGUCCAUUCUUUCUAAAUUUUAAAGAACCGCUUGGAUUGACAUGAAAUUUGGCAUACGUAUAGCUUACAUGUCAAAGAAAAAAAGUGAUAUUGUACCGAUGUGUGCUUUUGUCCUGGGGGUGACUUUCACUCCCUCUUGCGGGUGAAAAAAUAUAUGUCCAAAAUAAGUCCGGAAAUGGGUAAACUGACUAAUUUUAAGUAACUUUUGUUCUAUAGAGCUUUUUCGCUAAGUCAACACUUUUCGAGUUAUUUGCGAGUGAAUAUGUUCAUUUUUCAACAAAAUAACCACAUUUUUAGACGGUUUUUCGCAAAUAACUCAAAAAGUAAAAAUUCUGUCGAAAAAAAUGUUUUUAGCAAAAAUAUAGCCUAUAAAAAAGUAAAAAAAAUGGUGUACACGUUAGGUCUCUGGAUCUCGUAGAACCAGAGUUAUAGCCAAUGAAAAAUAGAUUCAUAUUCACCAAAUUUCAAAUAGAAUAUUUCGACGUGAAAUAUCCAAAAAAUUAAGCACUUUUUGGGAAAAACCCAUUAUAACUUUUUUAAAGUAUUUAAAAAAAAUCUUAAUUUCUGUUUUUACAAAAAGUUUCUAGCAUUAAAUUUAAGCAAGUUACGCUCAAAAUAAAGUUGGUCCAUUUUGUUUUUGCAAAAAAAAAAUCGGGAAGACCAACCCCUAAUUAGCAACUUACAUGAAAUUAAUCGUUACCGCUCCACAAAUUAUUUUACUUAUGUUGUGUUUAUAUGAUCUGUAAGUUUCAUCGAUUCAAAGUGCUUAUUUUUGAAAAAAAUUGGUUUCAAAGUAAAAUUUUUAAAAAUUUAAAUUUUGAAAAAUAUGCUUUUUUUCAAAAUAACUUGAAAAUUGUUAGAGAUACCAAAAAUCUCGAAAAACAAAUAAAGUCAGAUUUGCUUUUCUGAAUAUCAUGUAUUUUUUUGUUUUUCUGUUAGACAAAAACUGAUUGAAAUUUGGUGUUUCUAAAUUUGCAUACAUUCGUGAUCAGUGACUCGUUCAACCCCUUUUAACUACAGCCCUUUCAAUAAUAAGGACUUUGAACCGAUGAAACUUACAGAUCAUAUAAACAAUAUAUACACGAGUCAAGAAACUUGUGAAGUCGUAACGAUUAAGUUCAUUUAAGAUACUAAUUAGGGGGUGAUUUUCUCGAUUUUUUUACCAAAACCAAAAGGGACUAACAUUAUUUUGAGCGUAACUUGUUUAAUUUUUAUGCUAGAAUUUUUUUUUAUAAAACAAAAAUGAGGCUUUUUUUAAACACUUUAAAUAAAUAAGUUGUAAUGAGUUUUCCCCGAAAUGUGCUUCAUUUUUGGUUAUUUCACGUUAAAGUAUUCCAUUUGGAAUUUGACGAAUAUGAACCUAUUUUUCAGUAGCUAUAAUUCUGCUUCUACUAGGUGUAGAGACAUGAUAUAUACACCAUUUUUUUAAAUUUUUUACAGGCUAUAUUUUUGCUAAGAAUGUUUUUUCGACAAAAUACUUACUAUUUGAGUUGUUUGCGAAAAACCGUCUAAAAGCGUGGUUAUUUUGUUGAAAAAAUGAACAUAUUCACUGCCAAAUAACUCGAAAAGUAUUGACUUAGUGAAAAAAUUCUAUAGAACAAAAUUUACUUAAAAUUAGCCAGUUUAUCCAUUUCCUGACGUUCUUUGGACGAAUAUUUUUUCACCCCCCAAGAGGGGGUGAAAACCACCCCCAGGGCAAAAGCACAUAUCGGCACAAUAUCACUUUUUUUCUUUGACUUAUUAGCUAUGUGUAUGCCAAAUUUCAUGUCAAUUCAAGCGGUUCUUUAAAAUUUAGAGGUUUUGCAAUAUUUUACCGUUAAAGAAUGGACUAAGGUACCUCUUAGAGGUACGUAGAGGAAUUAGCAGGAGCGGUUUCUAAAAUCAAUAAACAUUUCACCUCAUCCGUCGGUAUUUCCAGUCUCUUCUGUUGAAAUUUUCUUACUGCAGAUACAAAUUCUUAAAAAAACAGUUUUUGAAAAUACCUAAUAUGAACCAUGCCUUAUUAGAACUGUAAUAUGAAACGGACAGAUAAAUUCUUUGUAAAAGACAAUGGUAUGCAAUGUAUUUUGGUACGGGACGGGUAAAGCAUGGAUUUUUUGUCCGUUAUAAACGAAGUCCGUUAAAUAGGGGUCCGUUAUAUCGAGGUUUUACUGUACUUAAUUUGCCAAAAAGAAUUAAAUGUUGGCGUUUCGAAAUGUACCGUUACGAAUAUGUAUAGUUACGAAGUGUCGCCGUUACGAAUUGUCCGUUACCAUUUGUCCGGUUACGAACUCUCGCGUUACGAGAUGUCAUGGAACUAAAUUCACACUCCUUGAACAUUGUCGAGUGAGAGUGAAUCUUGCAAAAUUUGUAAUACUAACCAGUUUUAUAUUUUUAUUUUCAUAUAUUAUUUCAGUUAUGUUUAAAUUGUUUUAUUUACGAUUUUUUCUACUAAAGCCAUUUUACACCAUCAACGACUGUUCAUUCUUUGUUAAAAUGAUUUUUAAGAUAUACCGUUUUUCUGAUACCAUUUGUCACUUUGGUUUUUUAAAUAUUGGAAACUUGGUAUUUUAUCUGGUCACGGAGGUUGAUUCAAACUACAGUAGAACCCCGAUUAUCCGUGUGCGGAUUAUCCGGGCUGCGGAUUAUCCGUGCUAUGAUUUUCUAUUACUUAAAUCGCAUUUUUGAGGUUUUAUCAAAAUAGCGUCACUGUAAAUCACUCGACGGAAACUCUAUACGUGGAGAGGGAGACUCAUAAUGAAAGAUUUAUUUUUUCUGUUGUCUUUUUAUGGUAGGGCUAUAUGUAUGCAUAUACGUACAAAUGUAUUACAAUAAGAAAUAAAUGUUCGGAUUAUCCGUGCUUUUCAAUUAUCCGUGCCAACGUCCGGUCCCGAGGAGCACGGAUAAUCGGGGCUCUACUGUAUAUGCAACUAAAUUUCUAGGACUAGGAUUCAAAUCGGGCGAACGAGGAGGCCAUUCAAUACUACCUAAUCUAUCAAUCUGUCGUUCGCGAAAUGUCUGAUCUAAAUAACAUUUACACCAAAAUGAGCUACAGCUUAGUCUUGCUGAAACCCUAUUAAAAUUUGGUCCAAACUUGUUUUCAGGGCAGGUACAAUUUAAUUUAUAAGCAGCAUAGUGCAGUCACUGAAGGUGGAUAUGAGCUAUUACCUCCGAUUACGUUGAACCUCCAUCGAUUUGCAUGAAAAUUGGUGAGUACUUAGAGAAUACCCCAAGGAACAAAGGUGACAUGGUGCCAACUUGCGCUUUUACCCUGGGGGUGGGUGCCACCCCUUCUCGAGGGUGAAAAUUAUUUUAUUAAAAAUAAUCCCAUAAUUCGAUAGAGAGACAAAUUCUAAGCAAAAUUUGUUAUAUAAAGUUAUUAAAAUAAAUCACAACUUUUUGAGUUAUUAAAUAUCAAAGAUUUUAAUUUUUCGUGAGAAAAAUGCAUAUUUUUAACCGAUUCUUCAUAAAUAACUCAAAAACUAUAAGUUUUUAUAAAAAAAGUUAUUACCAAAAUUGAAGCUAAUAAAAAAUGAAAUAAACCUCUUACUAAAAAACGUUUUAGUGGUAACUGAAAGUGAGUUAUAGGUAAUUGAAUGUAUAUUUUUUUCGGCGAGUACCCAAAUCUAAGUAUUCAAUUCAUUUUAUAACAUAAACUUAUUAAACAUUUGGCAAAGUACUUUGAAAUAUCUAUCAAAUAAGUCCUCGAACAAGUUGAUAGCAUUAAAAUUUAUGCUCCAAAAUUUUUUCAAAAUUUAUCUUUUAAAAUUUUUUCCAAUAAAUAUUAUUGUUUUUUUAAUAUCCGUUAAUUUUUAGGAUAUCAAAUUCACCUAAAAACUAUUUGAAAGUUAAUUCCAAGGGCAAUUAAACGACGUUGAAUUUAAUCUUUUAAACCCCUUAAUUUUUUAAAAAUAAAAGGUUAAAUGGCCCCGGUUACAUUGUUCUCGCAGCAAAGUUUAAGCUUUAAAUCUCGGUUAUUUUUUACGCUACAGAAAUAAUAAAAAAGGUAAAAUAUUUGAUAUAGAAAAAACUAAAAUUUGGUUAUAUAUCAUUUUUUACGAAUAUUAAGUAUUUUUGGAGUUAUUAUCAGAAGAAAAUGAAAAUUACGGUCAUUUUAAAAAUUCUGAUUUUUUUAAAUUACACCUUUUUUCAAAAAUGUUCAUACUAAACCGGUCAAAAUUGUUGAAAUCAUUAGUUAUGCUAAUAUAAAGAAAUGAUUGUAACGAUUACUAUGAAUUUUAAUUUUUGUGGAAAUGGCGUAUGUUUUAUUUUUCACUUUUUCCUAAAAAAUUCGAAAGGGUUCUCUUAUUUUCAUCAUAACUUGCUUAAUUUUAAUGCUAUUGACUUAUUCUGAAGCUCAAUUGAUAGGUAAUCCGAAGUGCUUUGACAAGCGAUUUACAGGUAUAUUUUAUAAAAUGCAUCGUUUUCCCGUUAUUUAAGCUUGAAUACUUAGAUUUGAGUACUCGUCGAAAAAAAUUUACAUUCUUACCCAUAACUCACUUUGACUUAACAUUAGUUUAGUUCUUUAAGUAAGGAGUGUAUUCAAUUUUUUAUUAUCUUCAAUUUUGGUAAUAAUAACUUUUUGUAAAAGCUUACAGUUUUUGAGUUAUACGUGAAAAACCGAUUUAAAACAUGCAUUUCUUUAAGAAAAAAUAAAAUCUUUGGUCUUUAAUAACUCAAAAAGUGUUGAUUUAUGUUAAUAACUUUAUAUAACAAAUUUUGCUUAGAAUUUGUCUUUAUAUCGAUUUAUGGCAUUAUUUUUGAUAAAAUAAUUUUCACCCCCGAGAAGGGGUGGCUUCCACCCCAAAGUAAAAGCGCAAGUUCGCAUCAUGUCACCUUUGUUGCUUGAGGUAUCCUCUAACUACUCACCAAUUUUCAUGAAAAUCGAUGGAGGUUCAACGAAAUCGAAGGUGAAAACCAUCAGUGACUCCACUAGCAUUUCAUAAUUAUCGUUUAUUAAAUUUCCUUCUAAAAAACGGCCCAAUUAACUGAGUACCCAUACCCACUAUACCCGACCAUACAUUCAGUUUUUGGGGUCUUUGAGUAUGAUUUUCAGAUAUCCAGUGUGGGUUUACCUCACUCCAACACCUCAAAUUUUUUCGAUUUACAUUCCCACACAGUGUAAAUAUCGCUUCGUCUGAAAAACAUAUCUUCUUAAACGAAGUUUUCGUCAGUUACAAUUUGAUUCAUCAUUACCUCACUAAGCUGGGCGUAGUCAUCUUCACUUAAUUCUUGCAACAACUGAAUUGUGUAGGGUUUAAAUGAAUUCUUAUGUAAUACACGCAUGACUGAAGAAUGACCUACAUCAUGUAUUUGUGUAGCUCUGCCUCUUUAUUUGUGCAGGUCUACCUGCUCGAAUGCCAUCUCUUACUCGUCCAGUUUCCUCAAAGCGCUUUACAACUUUGUGUAUGUCUCCUUAUGUAUAGGAUAAUGGUUUGGGAAAGUAUAAUUAUAUUGUUCUAGCGUCGGCGUCGUAGCCCAGCAUCAUUAAAACGGUAAUUCGCUCUUUUUCAUUAAAAACCAGCUCUAUUAGGGUUACCAUAUGUCCGGACGGUCCGGAUUUGAAAGACAUAUCCGGAUUGAUUUUUUCUUUGCUAAAAAAAUAUUUAAAAAAACAUAUUUAACAAAUUACUCGAAGAUCUCAAAGAAGCAAAUUUUAUUACGGUUACAAUUGAUAGUUCAAACAGAAACGAAAUCAAACUGACUCCGGUAUGUGUUCGUUAUUUUAAGCAAAAUGAAGGUGUCAACGUGAAACUUUUAUUUUUUGAUGAACUUCCGGGUGAAACAUGUUUUAAAAUGUAGAACAUGUUUUAAAAUGUAUUAAAAUGGGGUCUACCCCAAACUCCCGACAGCCAAAAUCCCGACACGCCAGAAUCCCGACAGGUUUGAUAAGUUCCUUUUUAACAUAUAAUUACAUUUAUUUCUGGUUUUUUGUUUAUGGCCAUCUGUUUUUUAUUUUUUGUUACUAAACAAAAGUAUUUACCAUUUAAUAUGAACUAAUUUUCUAAAUAAAAUUUCUAACAUGGGUAUAUGAAUUAAAUUAUUUUUUUUUUGCCAAUAUACAGGGUGUUUCAUUAAUAAUUGUCCAUAUAGUAACUGGAGAAACCUUAGCACAAAAUACGAAGAUUUAACCUAAAACACUUAAAUAAAAUGUGGUUCCUUACUGAGUUACAGGGUGUUUUAUCUAAAAAUUUAAAAACUAUUUUUGCUCAGCAUUUUACAACUAUUCAACCUAUCCUUUUCAUACUUGGCAGGAAGUAUAGGUACUGUACAAGCUACUAAAUUAUGUUAAACAAACGUUUAUGUCUAUUACCAGAGGCGUACGGCGGGGAAAGUGAAUGGUUAACCCUUUCCAAAUUCUACGCCACUGGCGAAAUUGAUAUUUUAGUUCAAUUUUUGGAUUCUCCAAUACUUUCCAUGAAAAUAAUAUACUCUUCAUUCGUAACGAUAAAGUCAUUAGUUUUCGAGAUAUUUAAAGUUAAAAAUGAAAUGACACGGUUAUUUUGAUCAGUGUAUUGUAUCGCUUCAUUUUUAAUUUCACAUAUCUCGAAAAUUAAUCAUUUUAUCGUUCCGAAUGAAGAGAAUCGUUACGAAAAUUACACUAAAAUAACAAUUUCGUCAGUGGCGUAGAAUUUGGGAAGGGUCAACCAGCCACUAUCUCCUGUCGUACGCCUCUGGUAGUAGCUAGAAACGUUUAUUUAUCUUAAUUUAGUAGGGUGUACAGUACCUACACUUUCUGCCAAGUAUGAGAAGGAUACGCCAAAUAGUUUUAAAGUACAUACUGGGUACAAAUAAUUUUUAUAUUUUAAUCAUAUGAAUCAUAUCAUAAAUUAAUCAAAAUAACUGUGCCAUUUCAUAUUUAACUUCAAAUAUCUCGAAAACUAAUGACUUUAUCGUUACCAAUGAAGAGUAUAUCAUUUAAGUAGAAAGUAUUGUAGAAUAUAAAAUUGGCACUAAAAUAGUAAUUCCUCCAGUGGCGUACAAUUUGAGAAGGGUCAACCAUUCACCAUCCCCUGUCGUACGCCUCUGGUAGUAGCUAGAAACGUUUGUUUAUCAUAAUUUAGUAUAGUGUCUAGUAGUCGCACUUUCUGCCAAGUAUGAAAAGGAUACGUCGAAUAGUUUUAAAAUGCUGAGCAAAAAUAGUUUUUAAAUUUUUAGACAAAACACCCUGUAAGUCAGUAAGGAACCACAUUUUAUUUUAAGUGUUUUAGGUUAAAUUUUCCUAUUUUGUGAUAAGGUUUCUCCAGUUACUAUAUGGACAAUUAUUAAUGAAACACCCUGUAUAGUCCAGUAAUAUAAUUAUGUAUAAUCAAAUCCUGAAUUCAAGUUUACUUUCAUAUAAUAGAUAUUAUCAUGUCACUUACAACCUUCCAUUUCAGUAAAUAUAGCUUUUAUAUUAUAAAAUGAAGUGUUUAAUGAUUUUUUCUUUUAAAAUACAUUGUUGUAUUCCUGCUUGGAAUGACUGAUAGGCGUGUUUUGCUGUCACCAGGGCACCUUUUAUGAAAGGUCCGUAAACUGAAUUGAGACUUUUUUGUUGUUUAAUAAAACAUCAAUAAAAACUUCUGUGUUUUAUUUGCACCUUGUAGUGCACACUACAACGCGAGUAAGUCUCUAACUGAAUUGUUUACAACGAAAAUUUAGUUUUUAUGGAACAGCCCAGAAGCUCAAAUCUUCCACUUCUUUAGGAAGUAGUUGUUUAUUACUUUCGUUCUAGAAUAUUUACUUUAACCACAAUAGCAAGUUUUCAUAAACAGGAAAUAUAAUGAAAAAUAGGAAAAAACCUUAUUCUAGAACGAUAAUAUUUCGAUACUUUAAAUAAGGAAUAUUUUGUUUAUUGUUUUCAAUGGAAAAUUUAUGAAUUAUGAUUUAUGUAUCGAAAAACAAUAUUUUAAAUUAGAUUAUACAAUGUGAAUAAAAAGUAUCUAGUGCAAAAAAAUAGCUUUAUACAGUGUGAAUAAAAAGUAUCUAAUGCAAAAAUAUGAGGUAUACAACAACAUAAUAAUUAGUAACCGUACUUACAUGUUAGCAAGUAAUUAAUUUUUCAAUUUCAAUACUCUAUAAUGUGAUUUGGUAUUGCAUUUGAAAAGGAAACAAUAAAUAUUCAAAAUGUAGUGGUCGGGAUUUGUGCUUAUGCGAGGAUUGUUGCAUGUCGGGAUUUUGGCCUGUCGGGAUUUUGGCCUGUCGGGAUUCUGGUGUGUCGGGAUUCUGGCGUGUCGGUGUUUUGGCCGUCGGGAUUUUGGCUGUCGGGAUUUUGGGCGCCACCGAUUAAAAAGUACUCUAUUGAUUCAAAAGUAGUUUGCCUUUGUGCUGAUAAUACCAAUACUAACUUUGGAGGUGUCAAAACGCAAGGGCAAGGAUAUGUUUUUUUUCUUGAACUACCCCUGUCCGAAUUUGGCCUUAAUAAAUUAUGGUAAGCUCUAGAGCUUUUAAAAACACAAAACAACUGCCAACUUUAGUUAUUAAUACAAUUUAUUUUAUAAAACUUUUCAAUAAACAUCAAGAGCUUUUGUUAGUUUUAUGAAUUAAUGUCAAAAUCACAGCAUUCUAUAUUUACUCAAUUACUUCAAAAGUAUUUGGAACUGAGUUUUAUUUAACACCUUCGUGACUAUUAGAUAAAAUAUCAAGUGUAGGUACAUGGUUGAACUCGCACUGAAGUGACUAGAUAAAAUACCAAGUGUAGGUACAUGGUUGAACUCGCACUGAAGUGAUAUACAUAUAACAAUAUUUCUUAAAGUAUGCGAAAGAUUCUGAUUUAUGAGGUAAUAAAAAUUUAGAUUCAAGACAUUUAACGAAACUCGAAUUUUUUGUGGUAAGUAAAUAUGCCACAGGGCCGAAUUCUGAUAUAUUACAGGGCCGUAACAGUCAGUUAUUUAUAAAAAAAAUAACAAACUACAUAUAUAAAAAAAAUUUGUUCUAAAAUUGAAUAAAGAAUCGCUCACAGUAUUUUAGAUUACUUUGGAAACUCCGUAUAUGGUUUAUUUUAUUGCUUUUCACAUUCUCACACUUAUUAUUGAUUAACUAAAUUAAUAAAAUUUACCGAUACAGAUGUUCGUGAGUAUUUCUGUAACUCUGGAUUGACUCAGUUCAAUAGUUCUGCGACAAUAUACCUUCGUAUUGAUCUCGUAGAAUGGAAUUAGUAGAAAAAAGAACAUAGUUUCUGAUUUAGAAAUAAUGUUGUUAAUAAUAAUGAUCGUUUUAGUUUUCAACUAAUAAAUGUAUUAUAAGCGUGGCUUGCUUGUUAUGUUUAAAAAUAGAGUGCAAAAAAUGUUUUUUUGUUUGUUUCAAAGUUGGCUUUAUUGAUUUGAUUGAUUGAUUUUAACGGACUUUUUUAAGUUUUCUUUUUACCUUUAUUGGCUCAAAUCUUUUUUAUUUAUUGCGUUUACACAUACAUUAGGUAAAUGAAUUUAUUGAUAUAUGUGGAUGUGAUAAAAAAUAUUUAAAGAAAUAAAUUACAGAUUUAACAAA